UAUCAACACAAUAAAAAUAUUAGCAGUGCGCUUAACUAGUUUUCCACUUUAAAAGCGUAGUUUCCAGCAUUCGACCAGCAUGUAUUCAUAACGUGUUGUCAAUUAAUACACACUCACGCACGCCGCGCAUAGUGUAGUGUAAGGUGUAUACAGUGCAUUGGUCGCGGCCAAGUUCGACGCUCGCUGCGGACAACUCCACAGCACAAGCAAAAUAUAAAGAAGUGAUCAAUUUGUGUAGCCCAGCGAGAGAGGUUCGGUUAUUGUUGCCGGUCAUUAGCACUACGUAUCUGAAGGCAACCACAUCGUACACACGGACAACUCUCUUCCGAGUAGAAAACGAAAAUAACGCUUAGCCAUACACGUCAAAAUGGGUCUGCGAUUCCAGCAGCUAAAGAAGCUUUGGCUUCUUUAUCUGUUUUUGCUGUUUUUUGCAUUCUUCAUGUUUGCAAUUAGCAUAAAUUUAUAUGUGUCAAGUAUACAAAACGCUGAAGUAGAGCCGCGUCAUCCAAAACCGCCGCCAAAACGACGCUCACUGUGGCCGUACAAAAACAUUGUGGCUCACUAUAUUGGCAAGGGAGACAUCUUCAGCAAUAUGACUGCAGAUGAUUACAACAUUAACCAGUUCGAACCUAAACAGGGCGAGGGCGCCGAUGGCCGACCCGUAAUAAUUCCAUUGCGAGACCGCUUUCGUAUGCAACGCUUCUUCAAGCUAAAUAGCUUUAAUUUAUUGGCCAGCGAUCGUAUACCACUAAAUAGAACGCUCAAGGACUACAGAACGAAUGAAUGUCGAGAGAAGCGUUACACUCAGAACAUGCCCACCACUUCGGUGAUCAUUGUCUUCCACAACGAGGCCUGGUCUGUGCUGCUGCGCACAAUAACGAGCGUCAUAAAUCGAUCGCCGCGACAUCUGCUUAAGGAAAUCAUUUUAGUGGACGAUGCCAGCGAUCGCUCCUUUUUAAAGCGUCAGCUCGAAGCGUACAUCGAAGUGUUAAAGGUGCCCACGCGCUUGUAUCGCAUGAAGGAGCGCAGCGGCUUGGUGCCUGCUCGCUUAAUGGGCGCCCAGCACGCGCGUGGCGAUGUGCUCACCUUUUUGGAUGCACACUGUGAAUGCUCGAGGGGCUGGCUAGAGCCGCUGCUGGCACGCAUUAAGGAAUCCCGCAACGUUGUCAUUUGCCCUGUUAUCGACAUCAUAUCGGAUGAUAACUUUAGCUAUACGAAAACAUUUGAGAACCAUUGGGGCGCCUUCAAUUGGCAACUGAGUUUCCGGUGGUUCUCCUCCGAUCGCAAGACACGACAAGCGAUCGCAAAGGAAAACAAAGACAGCACGGCGCCUAUAGCCACGCCGGGCAUGGCUGGCGGACUGUUUGCCAUCGAUCGCAAGUACUUUUAUGAAAUGGGCGCCUAUGAUAGGGACAUGCGCAUCUGGGGCGGUGAGAAUGUGGAGAUGUCCUUUCGCAUUUGGCAGUGCGGCGGACGCAUCGAAAUCAGCCCCUGCUCCCACGUGGGUCACAUAUUCCGGAGCAGCACACCGUACACCUUCCCUGGCGGCAUGAGCGAGGUUCUCACCUCGAAUCUGGCACGCGCAGCAACUGUCUGGAUGGACGACUGGCAAUACUUUGUCAUGCUCUAUACGGCCGGCCUCUCGCUAAGCGCCAAGGACAAGGUGAAUGUUACGGAGCGCUUGGCAUUACGCGAGAAACUGAAAUGCAAGCCAUUUUCCUGGUACCUCGAGAAUAUAUGGCCAGAGCACUUCUUUCCCGCGCCGGAUCGUUUCUUUGGCAAGAUUAUAUGGCUGGAUGGUGAGACGGAGUGCGCCCAGGCGUACAGCAAUCACAUGAAGAACUUGCCGGGACGAGCGCUGUCGCGCGAAUGGAAGCGCGCCUUUGAGGAGAUCGAGAGCAAGGCCGAGGAAUUUAUGUCGCUAAUUGACUUGGAGCGCGACAAGUGCUUGCGUCCCCUGCACGACGAUGCACCGCGCACCUCGCUGCAGCCGGUGACGGUGGGCGAUUGCUCAUCACACGCACAAACAAUGGACAUGUUCGUCAUAACGCCCAAGGGUCAGAUAAUGACAAAUGAUAAUGUUUGCCUCACCUAUCGCCCGCCCAAAAACGGGGCAUUCAAGCUGCUGAAAAAUCGGAAUGCAACGAGCUCCAAUGUGGUGCUGACGCAGUGCAUAAGCGAUCCAAGUCAACAGUGGACCUAUGACAUGGAUACCCAACAAAUUUCGCAUCGUGAGACGAAUCUAUGCCUUACGCUCAAAUCGGCGACGAACACACGCAGCCAGAAGGUGGAGAAGGUGGUACUCAGCAUGGAAUGUAACUUCAAGGAUAUAACACAGAAAUGGGGACUUAUACCGCUGCCGUGGCGCAUGUGAAGCUGCAUUUAUGUUUAUAUUCUAACGAAAUUAAUCCCCUGCCAGCGAUCUAACACAAUGUGAUAUUUAUUGAAAUUGUUUAACGACCCCCCGACGCACACUCACAAAUACGAGCAAAAUCACCUGUUCGUGUAUUUGUACACCGGGACACGCCCACUUGAAUUGUUUUCAGUGUUUGCCUGGGAGCUUUUCUCCAACUUUAUUGGUACUCUAUGCAAUUCUAUGUCAUAUUUAUUAAGUGCAAAUUUUUAGGAAAUUUUAAGGCGACACUAGA